AUGACAGACGAACAUCAACAGGCUUCCAAUCUUACGGGUGAAGUUGACAAAGAUUCAUCACCAGCAGAAACUAUGUUGGAAUGCAAUAGUGACAACAAUUUUACACAGGAUCUGGAUAACCAAGAAUUUGAGGAACAGAGAGAAGAAGAGGAAGAGCAACAACUACUGAAUAAUCUCGAUGACAACAAUUCACUAGUCAAUUUAUCAAAUGAUAUACUUUCCACAUCCACUUCAAACCACAAUUUUCAACAACAGCAAGAAAUUGCCAUUCAUGCAGCAAGUGUGCAUCCUGAUUUUCUUUACAAUAGACACAACGAAUCUAUAUUUGAUGAUGAAGAAUUAUUUCCUUGUCUACCAACACAAAGCAGAGACGAUCUAGUUAAAUAUGAUGAUACCAACCCAGAAUUAAUCAAUCAAGCAACCAUCAAAGCACUAAUAGUACAUAUGACAUCCCCAGAAAUAAUUGACUAUGAUUUGAUCUGUGAUUUCUUUUUGACUUAUAGAUUGUUCUCCAAUAGUCGUGAAGUUAUGGAUUUAUUAUUGACAAGAUUGAUUUGGGCUCUACAAUAUCUUAACUCACCAGUAGAAGAUAAUAUUAAAAUUGGAAAACUAGUGUUGUUGCGAACAUUUGUUGUUUUAAGACAUUGGAUCCUUAAUUAUUUCAUUGAUGAUUUCAAUAAUGAUUAUCAAUUAUGUGACUUGUUUGCCAAAACCAUGAAUAGUAUAACCCUAGAGUCAAACUUGGUGGUAAAGCAUGGUGUUGAACAAACUGAAGCCACAAUCAAUAACUCCAUCUUCACAUCAAAAAUUCUUGGAGAUUUAAAGAUUCAUUGGUUGAAGAUUAUCAAUGAGUUUUGGUUAUUGGACUUGGAUUUUGAUGCUAUUAUGAAUAGUAACAAUGCGUACAAUUAUGUCAUACCAUUAGCAACUUCAUUGAAUAACAACAAGAAAUUGUCCAAGUCAAAUACUGAAAUAUCAAUCCAUACCAACCCAUCAUUCCGUAGAUCGGCAAUGCUUUCGUUAUAUGAUUCAAAAACCCAUCACAAAACAUUAAUGUUUGAUGACGAAAACAAUCUCCAAGCAGAACGUACACAAUUAUCCAUUAAUAACUUGUUUUUACAACACGAUUCCUCCAGAAUAUCAAUCAACAAUAAGAUCCAUCAAAUGCAACAACGUAAGAAGUUGGUCAAGUCUCCAACAUUUUCAAGCUCAUUUAGUCUACCAAGAAGUUCCCCUCUUUCUAUGGCUACAAGUAUUUCACCAACAAAAGGAGCACCUCAGGUCAAGGAAAGACGUACAAUGAAACAGGCAUCCAGGCAUAAUCAUAUGAAUAUCAAGGAUUCGUCAUUGGAUUUAAAGAAGACGAAGACAGUUCAACAUAAGUCGCAUGAUAACCAAGAGAACUUUCCACCACUAACACAAACCACACCAACAAAGACAAAAUAUUUCAAUGAAGCUGGGUUUGCCACAAAUGGUCAUAUUAAAUUACCUACUUCUAAAGUUGCUGGGAUUGUUCCUUCGACACCAGUCAAAGUUAUGGAUUAUGCUUCCACGGAUGCACAGUCUUUUAUGUCACCAAAAGCGUUUGCCCCACCGCAACUUCCAUCAAAUUCAUCUAUAUUUUCCGACCAUGAUAGUUUGAAUAGACGAGGCUCUAUACGAAAGUUGAUGGACAGUUGGAAGAAAACCUUAGUUGUGCACAAAGAUUCAGCUUCUCGUAUGUCUACUGCUACCGCCGGUACCACCACCACUACAGCUGAUCAAAUGUUAACUUCUAAACCUUCGACUGAAGAUCUCAAUAGGUUAAUAACAGAUGCAAUCAAUGUUAUGGAUGACAAGAAAGAUGUUGGAAGAAGAGUUGAUGCUUUAAGUGCUAGAAUCAUUGACGAAUUGGAAUAUUUGAUAAGAAACUGUAUCCGCAGUGAAACCAGCAGUGCAAUUAUUGAACUGCAUUCACAAUUUUCUGAUCAAACUUCAAAUGGGAAUAAGAGUAAUACUGAUAGUGUACGUACUAGCAGUGGUGGAAUUGCAUCUGAAAAUGAGGUUAAAAACGUUGAAGAGGAUGACCAAAAUGUUAAGGAACCCAUCAUACUUAAAGAAGAAGAUCAUUUGAAACCCACAGAAGGUGUUCCAGAGAAAGAUGAAGAAGAUGAAAUGGAUAUAAAUGAUUUAUCUGAUUUGAACAUUGUCAAAAUUGACAACUUAAUCAACGAUAGUGAUAACGUUUACAAUGUCAAAGUUCCAAGAAACAUAUCAUCUAGUAACAUCCUUGAAGAAGAGGAGGGAAUGGAAGAGAAACAAGAUGACUCAGAAGGUUCAUCUUCAUUUCAGAGUCCAGCCAGUAUUAAUUGGAAUGACGAAGAUAAUAUUAAUAUUGGUGAUAAAACUCCAUUGGAAGAAGAAUUUGAUGAAUUUAAUUUCCUGACUGAAGAACCGCAGAAAAAGAGAGCUUCACAAUACUCAGAACCGGGUUUCAGUUUCCAAAAUCCGAAUCAAUCAACAGGUCAUUCUUCUAUCUCAACCCCAAGUAAUAUCACGCAAUAUGAUGCUGAAGUUGCUGAUCUUGGUAUUGCAAUGAGUCCACAUCUGGAAAAACCGAAAAGAAUUAGUUUCUGUGAGAAUGCUAACACUAGUUUGACUCAUAACAAGAGACUCUCCAUGUGGUCUAGAAAUUCCAAUGGUUCAGUAUUCAGAAGAGAUUCAAUCAAAUCAUAUGUGAGUUAUGAUUCUGCUUUCUCGAUUUUCAACGAACACAAUUCAAUUAAAUAUGAGAAUACCGAAUACAACGGUUUGAAAAAGAAGACUGGUUUUAAUAAUCUUCGUAUUGCCGCAGGGGCGGAUGAAAAUCAGAUAACUUCGAUUUCACGUAGUAGUUCCAAAAGUAUUAGGUAUAGUGUAUUAUGUGCUUUAACCGAGUUACCAUUUCAUGAAUUGGCUCGUCUUUCCAAACAAUCAUCUGCUGAUGUGGCAGAUAGUUCUAUUUUUUCAUCGGCAUGCAAGAGUUCCAUUAGAACUACCAACAAGGAAUCAUUCCAUUCUACUGCGUAUACUGGAUCAAGUAGUAAUUCUGUUGCUAUACCAGGAAUCAGUAGUUUUGCAUUGAAAGAAUUGGCUGCUAUUCCAGAUGAAAGUAUUCAAUCAGCUGAAGAUCCUAUACAAUUUGCAUUACAUAAGCUUGAAGGUAAAUCUUCAUCUAAACUGACAUUAAAGAAGAAAGUUGAAGAAGAGGAAGAAGAAGUCAACAGAAUGGAUGAUACUGAAGAUAUCUUGAAUGAGAUAAAUAAUGCCAAGACUGUUGACGUCAUCAGUUUUGAUGAUGAUGAAGAAGCAUUUGAUGUUUCUGCAACUCCUUUGACACCAAUCAAGAAGAGAAUUAAUGAUAGUACAAAUAUAACAGGUGAUGAUUCUCAAGGACAACAAUACCAAUAUUCUCAAUCACACUCUCAAUCACGUCAACUUGAUUCACCAAGUGUUAUGUUGGAUAAUUUUUCAUCAUCAUUGUCAGUAGAUGAUAUUAUGCUAAAUAAUGCGCAUAUUUCUUUUGUUUUAUCAUAUGAUUCCGAGGAAAUUGCCAAACACAUGACACUUAUUGAAGCUGAUCUUUCAUUGUCAUUAGAUUGGAAAGAUUUGAUUGAAUUGAAAUGGAAUCAUUUAGUAACUGGUGUUACAAGUUGGUUACAAGUUAUUCUUAGAGAUUUUGCGGGGGUCAAUUUAGUUAUUGACAGGUUUAAUCUCAUGGUAAAUUGGAUCAUCUCUGAGGUUUUAUUAUCUCAAGAUGAACGUGAUGAAGUGAUUAAAAGAUUUAUUCAUAUUGCUCAUCAUUGUGUUCAAUUACAAAAUUUCGCCACUACUAUGCAAAUUGUUGUUGCUUUAAGUUCGCUGAAAAUUGAAAAAUAUGUUGAUGAUGAAGUUGAUGAACUGUUGAAAAAAUUAUGUUCACCUUUGAACAACUUUUAUCAACUUAGAAAAGCCACUAAUAAUAUUCAACCUUCCAAAGGGUGUAUUCCAUUUGUUGGAUUAUACAUUAAUGAUUUGGUUUAUAAUAAUGAAAGAGUUGGUAAGAUUAAUGAUAGAUUGAUUAAUUUUGGUAAAUUCAGAACAUCAGUAGCAAUUGUUAAAUCAUUAUCACAAUGUAUUGAAUGGGCUAAAAAUUAUAGAUUCGAUGUUCAACUGGAGUUAUUAUCCAAAUGUCUUUAUAUUUCAUCUUUAACUGAAGAUGAAAUGAACUUUUGUGUACAAUUUUUACAGAAGUCGUGA